AUGGCAUUAGAAGUCAUAGAUAAAACAAUCAAUAUAAGGAAAAGGGAUAAUAAUAGGAAGAUUCCUCUUCAUUAUGCUGUAGAUGAUAGAGAAAUGCUCGAAGCCCUAGUUUAUGAUUAUAAUACAAGGACCCAGUAUUACCAACUAGAAGAUGCUUUGGAAUGUAAAGCUUCUGCCGAUUCAUGCAUACAGCACUUCAUUAGUGAUUGGGAGUAUGGAUCGUGGGAACCUGGAGAUGACUAA